AUGACCAAUUCGCAUGGCUACGUCCUCGAAUAUCCACGCAUUCGUGUCGACCACUUCGACCAGGCAGCCAUCCCACUUCCCGCAUCGCUCCUCGCUCACCGCCGCUCGAUCUCAAACGAUACAGUGGGAGCAGCUCAAGGUCCGGACAGCCUAUCCUUCGCCCCUGGACAGACGCAUUUCGACAAGCCACUGCUCUAUCUUCUCACCCAUAUCCACACCGAUCAUCUCAAGGGGCUCGACAGACCCGGCAUCAUGGCACCAAUCUACUGCAGCGCUGCCACCAAACAGCUUCUGCUCAGGUACGAGCGUCAAAAAACACGUAUAGAGAAGGAUAGAGAUGGAGUACACACGAAGCACGUUGGCGUCGUGCGGCCGUAUGCCCACCUACGGGUCACGGACGACCAUGCCACGGCAAGGGCAAAGCUGUCUGGUUAUCAGUCCACCAGUAUCGAUUUGUUGCAUCCACUGCCGUACAAUGUGCCGACAAAGGUGCAAUACACACCUACAUCAAGCGUCGUGUUGACGCUCAUCGAGAGCAAUCACAUGUUCGGAGGGACCAUGUUUCUCAUUCAAGGUGCUCAGGGAGCCGUGCUGCAUACGGGAGACAUGAGGGCGGAAGAGUGGUGGUGCGAGGCCCUUACAAGAAAUCCGUCCCUAUCGCCGUACCUCUGCUGGCAUCAGGACAGUAUCACAGCAUCAGGCAGCGAGCACGUCGAAAGGGAGGCAUGGGCUGAGCAAAUCGAGUCGCUCGGCACCACCGCUUCUUCGUCUGUGCGGGGCCAAGAAUCCCUUUCGCAAUCGCAGGAUGACUCUCAAUCUCAAGGCGUACAUCGCAGCAAUGAUCUCAAUCUCGAAGAAGCUUCGAACUCUACCGCAAAGGCUCCGUCCAAGCAUCGGUCCCAACUUCGCCUUCGCAACAUUUACCUUGACACCGAGCUCCUUCUCUGCAACCAGAAAGUCCCUACCAAACAACAAGCCUGCCUAGACAUGAUCACACUCAUGCGCAUGUAUCCUUCGAACACCGUCUUCUUUCUCAACUGCUGGACCUGGGGCUAUGAGGAUAUGCUGAUCGUCACAGCUAAAGCCUUUGGCUGCAAGAUCCACGUCGACCGCUUCAAGUACAUCAUGUACAAAGCUGCUCGAAGCGAAGCCCCGUUCCUCGCCGACAUCGUCACCCAAGACGGCAGCAAAACUCGGUUUCAUGCUUGUGAGAAACGCAACGUCUGCUCGCACGUCCAGAGCCUCGCAUCUCGCUAUUCGGGCAACGCCGACCCUGCCUGGGCGAGGGAAGCGCUCGCUGCACAUUCUCAAAUGGAUAGCAGUAGUCCCGACGCCAGACAGCGCUGGGGACCGGUACGCUCGCAACCGGAGCCACUGCUGGUGUACGUCAACCCGGGCCAGAUAGCAUCUGACAAGUGGCCGGGGAUGUUUGAAGAUACCAAGCACCGACUAGAGGCUGCACAGAGACACGAGACCGCUUGGCCCGAGGCGCUGGUCGUACCUAUGGAACGUCAUUCGACCCUUCCUGAGUUGCAGAUGUUUGUUGGGCUGUUUCGACCGAAGACGGUCUCGCCGAACACGAUCCUGGAUCCGAAGGGCGGUCUCGACUACUACCUACUUCAUCAUCUCUUCGGACACCUGCUAGCCGGUGCAGAAGAUCGUCGUAAGAUGGCUGACGAAGGCCUGCUCAUGCUUGGUAACAAGACUUGGAGCUUCUACGAGACGCAGCUGGCAAGGGCGCGGGAACAGGCACAGACCAGGCGCAACGGUGGUGUCGCGGAUUCCACCGAGGCCAUUCGGGCCACGAGCGCCAGUCUCAACACCAACGGUCAUGGUGAAAGCGUUGGGGAGAGCCUCGACGCAUGGCAGUUGGAAAGAUUGUCGAAGCUAAGAGGUAUCAGCUUCAAGGGACUUAUGAUGCAAAACAUGGCGGGAAAUUUGGCGGCGAUGCUCGAAAUCGAGCGAUGGAGAAGAGCUGCAGGGAUCGAAGAGCCACUGGAAGGUCUGGAUGGUGUCAUCGAAGAAUCACUGGAAAGCACGCAGGGCAAGACAGAGGCAAGUGUGCCCAGCGUCGACUAUGAAGCUGAUCACAGUCAGAUGGCGGAAACGCAGAUCUCGCCAUCACGCCUGCGUGCGAGUAUCCUGCACAAAGAUGAAAUUGCGGAAGUAUCAUUUGCCCAGGAUCACCCUGUGGAUGCAUCUGAUGAGGCGAUGCAAGCGGAAGCGCAAUCUUCACCAGCCCCUGCGCAGCAAGCGGUUCAUCCGUCGGCAGUCCCGACAGCAGCGGUAGACUCUUUGCUGGACUCGCAACAAUCUCACCCUUCCGCAGCCGACGAAGAAGAGGAGCUCUCCACCGAACUAUCCGAAGAUCUGGCGAGUCGGUAUCUCAAUGUCCUUAUACACCAUUUCAGCGUCCCGUUUCAACGCACCGACACAUCCUACGUGCAAAUGUGGAAGGCUGUCCGUCGAACGCUGGCCGACCAAGCGCAGAAAGUCGAAGAGCACUGGUUCAGAGAAACGGGUGUCUUGCCUCCGCUGUGGAGCUCGAAAGCGGUUGAGGCUGAACGGGCCGUACAUGGGAAAAUGCGGACCACCACAACUCUCAGUGAAGACGACUCGCAGCCUAGAGCCGCGGUGGUGGACGAGGUUCUGAUCUCGUUCAUCGACAUGCUAGCUCCACCUCCGGCAGAAGAGGGAGCGGAGCUUCUGGAUGUACCCACGGUCUACGAUCAAAGCGUCGCGCUGCAACUGAUCCUCCGACAUUUUGUCAAGCUUGGCUUCCACAACUGUGUCGCUGCAGAGUCGUCUGGCGACGGUCAGAGUCACGCAAGCUGUGGCGUCGAUACGACUGCUACCGAUUGGCAGUCACUCUCCUCCCCACUCACAACAUUGACCAGGCACUUGACCUCGAAUCUUCAAAUCCUUCCCACAUCUUUCAUCGACAAAACGGAGCUUGAAGUGACAUUGCUUAGCCUCCAACUCGCUGGCAUACUGUUCUCAACCCGCCCGCUCUACACGAUUAUCAACCUCGAUGAUGUACAACACCUCCUCGAUGCGGUCAUCGUCAUCGUCGAGUCAGCGUCAGAUGAUGUUUUAACGCUCUCAGCGAGCAGAAGGAAGACAACAGCAUUCGCAUGCGCGGUGCUGCGCGCGGAAGAGCUUGACGACGGCGUGUUGGCACCGUUCGAGCAGCGAUUACUUGCUCUUGCUCAAGGUUCCGACGGUGUGUUGAGGAGGAUGGAGAGUUUGAUGGAAGAAAGUGCGUUUGGUGAAAGUCAGUAUGCGCCUCAGCAUGUCGCUAGCGGAGCAGGGCAGUUGCUUCGAGUGGAUCAAGCGGAGUCGCCUAGCGAGCUCGUUGACGCGGGAAACUUGGACCAAGGCGAGGAGUCCAGUAUGCAAAUCCGACCACCGCGCGCCCCAACCACAUCCAUCACCUCCUCGCAAAAGACAUCACCCAUCCCAGCCCCACCGCUGGUCGAAACAACAGACUCGAUCAUCGCCGAUGCCACCGAGCACGACACCAUCGAAUCCUCCACCUCGUCAGCCGCUCAUCCACUCGAUGCUUCACAAGCAUCCUCAGCUACGCAGGAAGAGGACGAGACGCAGUCCGAACAAGACGAGUCCCAAAUUGCUUCGCUACCGAUAGGCGGUAGAUCGAACAGGUUGAGCAAUGUAGCGAAUCGGAGCGUCGGUCGGACUACGUCGACGCCGAGCAUAGUACACUCGAGGUUGGUGGCUGGAGAGGAACGACGCAAACGAGGCUUGGCGAGCGAGCUCGAUGACACACGCAGCAGUAGACGCACUCGGAAAUGA